GCAGCGUUGUCGAAAGACUGACGUAUAUACCAGUGGUCGGUUUGUCCUAGGCCUAUGUGGAGAACCUAGUCGCUGUCUUUUCUCCUGCAGGCGCGUGACAGCAUCGGGCUGGGAUGAGCUGGGUCUCGGAGGAUCCUUCCUAAGGCAGCUGUAGCUGGGAGGCCGCCCGAAGCCUGUCUGCUUUUUCCCCCCUUAGAGCACAAUCAACAUCUGGGAGGUGACCAGCAAUGGUGCAGCUGAUGCACCAUCUCCAGGGUUUUUUUGGGUAGCCAGAGAGGCUUUUUGUUUUGUCUGCCUCCCUGGCUGCUCGAAAAUCCUCCAUAGGGGAAAACAAAGAGUGGCCUAAGUCCAUCCUCCCCACUUUCAGCAUUUCCAGGGCCAAAGCCUGGUGGAAACACCCCGGAACACCAAGUUGCUUCGGACUAGAAGUUAGGCCGACGAAGUUCUGAGGGACUGUCUUUUCUACUAUUAUCAACCGUCUACUAAAGCUGUUUAAAUGAGAAUGUCCUUGGUGCAGAGAGUGCUCCUCACAUGGCUCUUCACAUUACUGUUCCUGAUCAUGUUGGUGUUAAAGCUGGAUGAAAAAGCCCCCUGGAACUGGUUCCUAAUAUUUAUCCCCAUUUGGAUCUUUGAUACCAUCCUACUAGUUAUGAUCAUUGUGAAAAUGGCUGGCCAUUGCAAGUCCGGCUAUGACCCUCGCAAUGGCAACCAGAACCUCAAAAAGAAAGCUUGGUACCUUGCCGCAAUGUUGCUUAAACUGGCCUUCUGCCUUGCCUUGUGUGCUAAAUUGGAACAGUUCACUGACAUGAAAUUAACCUAUGUCUUCAUUCCCCUGUGGGCCUUGCUUAUUGGGGGAAUGGUAGAACUUGGAUACAAUAUAUUUUAUGUCCGAAGGGACUAACUGCUUUCAGCCUUUCAUCACUCCACAUUGUGUUCCUGAGCCAUGUUGGCUUGCUGCAAGAAUACUGCUCAUAAAAGAACUACAUUUUCAGCCAUUUGUUAAACUUAUACUGGUGGGCUUGACUCUUUGGAACACAGGUUCACAUGUACAUAUUGUAAAUAAAACAGUUCCAUUAUUUUCUAA